AAAUUACCCUUAGCUGUCCGUCAUGACGCUGUCCCACCUCUUGGGUGACGUGUAGUGUUAUUGCUCGAACUGUCAUGGCGGCUCAGAAGAUCAAUGAAGCUCUGGAGCAUCUCGCCAAAGCAGAAAAAUGCUUGAAAACCAGUUUCAUGAAGUGGAAACCUGAUUAUGACAGUGCUGCCUCAGAAUACGCAAAAGCAGCGGUUGCUUUUAAGAAUGCCAAGCAGUAUGACCAGGCAAAAGAAGCUUAUUUGAAGGAGGCGGAAUCUUAUGAGAACCACAAAGCUCUCUUCCAUGCUGCUAAAGCUUAUGAGCAAGCUGGGAUGAUGUUAAAGGAAAUGCAGAAGCUUUCUGAAGCUGUCCAGCUGAUCGAAAAAGCCAGUAUGAUGUAUCUGGAGAAUGGCACACCGGACACUGCAGCUAUGGCUUUGGAACGAGCUGGAAAGCUUAUAGAGCACGUGAACCUGGAAAAGGCUGUUCAACUGUAUCAACAAUCUGCAUCCGUUUUUGAGAAUGAAGAACGUCUUCGUCAAGCUGUAGAACUUCUAGGAAAGGCAUCGAGACUACUUGUGAGAGCUCGUAGGUUAGAUGAGGCAGUAGUAUCCAUCCAGAAGGAGAAGAAUAUGUACAAAGAAAUAGAAAAUUAUCCAACUUGUUAUAAGAAAACAAUAGCACAAGUGUUGGUACAUCUUCAUAGGAAUGACUUUGUGGCUGCUGAGAGGGCUGUCAGAGAAAGCUACAGCAUCCCGGGUUUCAGCGGUAGUGAUGACUCCAUUGCCCUGGAGCAGCUUUUAGAAGGCUAUGAUCAACAGGACCAGGACCAGGUGUCUGACGUUUGUAACUCGCCACUCUUUAAAUAUAUGGACAAUGAUUAUGCUAAGCUUGCAUUAAGUUUAGCAGUCCCAGGAGGUGGAACCAAAAAGAAGUCUCCUGUGGCAGCACAGGAUGGGGUAUCGGGACCAACUAAAAGUUCCCAUAUUGAGGAAGAGGAUGAUGAAUAUUCAGGAGGACUGUGCUAAUUUAUUAUUGUCAUCUUUAGCCACUAUAUAUAUAUAUAUAUAUAUAUAUAUAUAUAUAUAUAUAUAUAUAUAUAUAUAUAUAUAUAUAUAUAUAAUGUGUGUUUCCGGCAGGAUGUUGACCAUAUAUUGUGAACAUGUAUUUCUACGCAGAUAUGAUCUGGGAAUGGCUGCUUUGAUAUUUUAUUAUUAUUUUUGUGUAAUUGGGAUAAACAUACUUAUUCCAUAUUCUACAUUUUUGUCUGCGUUCCAAUGAUACUGUUAUAUAAUGCAACACAGUGUAUGGCUCACUCGUCACUGUUAUGCCCCAAAGUAAAGCAAAAGUAUUUAGAAAGUAAUAUAUAUAUUAAAAAAUGUAGCAUGUAACUUAAAUUACUCACUUAAAACUAAACAUUUUCUCUCAAAUGACUUGUUUUUCUGUGUAAAAAUGUGUUUUUUUCCCUGUAAAUUACUGGAAGUAAUUGAUUGUGAAACUUGCUAUUAAAUAUUUAAAUGUUAAGCUGCAUUUGUCUAUAUACACACAUGUACAGGAGCUGAAAUCUAUACCUUCCAAAAUUGAAAUUUGUCAUUUCUCUUCCAUAAAGUGUGUGCCUAGAAACUGCAGAAUCUAUUCAAAUGCUUCAGACAGCUUAUUAUGAAAAUGGUAAUUGAUGAAUAUAUCAUAGUCAAUAUCGAACAAAACAUAGUUUGAAGUAACGUUUUAAUUUUUUUUAUGGUGAAGAUGGGAAAACAGUUUUUCAUGCAAAAGGUGACGUUUUUUUGGUACAUAUUAAAAAAUAGCAAGUUAUUUCAGACCCCUGGGUCCUUUAUAUUUUAUGUCAGCUAAUAAUCUUGGGAAGAAUGUUUUGGACUCAACGUAACUCAUCAAUACUGCAAUAUUGUCCUUAUCAUUGACUAUAAUAAAGUAAUUACUACCC